CGGGUUGCGUGACGAGCUCCCAUUGACGUCUAUGGUCUGCAAGACGUUCCCGGGGUUGACCAAGUCACAGUUGGAACUGUGUCACAAGUACCCUGACGUGACGGCGGCGGCGUUCCACGGACUACAGAUGGCUGUUGAAGAGUGUCAGUUCCAGUUCAGGUGGCAUCGGUGGAACUGUUCCUCACUCAAUACGAAGAACAGGAACCCGCACAGUAGCGUGAUUCUACAAAAAGGAUACCGGGAGUCUGCGUUCUCAUACGCCAUCUCAGCAGCAGGGGUUGCUCACAGUGUGGCGAGGGCUUGUGGCCAGGGGAGUCUACUCGCCUGUGGCUGCGAACCCAAGGCCUUCGCCCGCACCAGAGGCUCGCCCAGCAACCGGUGGAAGUGGGGAGGAUGUUCGCACAACCUAGAGUUCGGCAUCAAGUUCUCCACAAUGUUCCUAGACUCUAGAGAGAAAGGUGUAGACAUCCAAUCGAGGAUAAACCUUCACAACAACCACGCCGGUAGACUGGCAGUGGCUAACAAGAUGCAGACAAAAUGCAAGUGUCACGGGAUGUCAGGCAGUUGUGAACUCAAGACCUGCUGGAAGGCAGCUCCGGACUUCCGGAUGGUCGGAGGGCUCCUGAAGGAUCGUUUCCGGACAGCUGUCAUGGUGGAUCAGUCCAACAUGGGGAACGGCUCCCCCCUCCUCAUCCACCGCAGGAGGAUACGCUACAGAAAAAGGAAGAGACAGAAAAAAAGAAGACGUGAUCUAUCCUCGGAGCUGUUGUUCUAUGAGAGAUCCCCCAACUUCUGUGAGCCUGAUCACUCACUAGGCGUGGAAGGCACGUUGGGACGAAGAUGCAACAGAACUAGUAGAGGAGUGGACGGCUGCGCAUCUCUCUGCUGCGGAAGAGGGUACAACGUGAUCAAGCAGCGUAGAACAGAUCGCUGUAACUGCCGAUUCCAUUGGUGCUGCUACGUCGAAUGUCAGAACUGCACUGUGGAAGAGUGGAUCACUGUUUGUAAAUAAACUGUAAACUGACAGGUGUGAGUGUGAGAAGCAAUGAGAAUCAUGUUGAUAACCUCGAUUGUUAAACGGUUC